UUGGUGCUUGCGGUGCGGAGAUCGGUGCCGGCGGCAUCUUUCCGGUUUACUGUUGCUGUCGAAGCAACCAUGUGUGCAUUCUGUGAGUCUCAUUCACGAGUCUCUACGCACAGAACCUGCCUGGAGAGGUAGGCAGGUAGAACAUCUAGAAGCUACAGACUCCUAGCCACUCGGCUAGAGUGUAGUAAUCAGAUGUACAAACUACUACAUAGGCACGUAUAAUCUAUUAUAUAUCAUAAACCCUCCAUCAAAAGAUAUAAUCCAGAAGCUCAUCAGUUGACAUGAAAAUAUUUUUAUCCACAACGGCAAGAUUUUCUUGACUCGGUGCUUGACUCUAUAUUGGUCAUCAUCAUAUGAAGCUUCUGGCCAUCUCCACCAAGUAGGGCAUCCCAACGCAGAGAGAAAAAAACUUCCAGCGAAGUUUCAGAGUGUUAAAAAAGGAUGGAAUACCGUCAUGGUAGAGACGGGGUCCCCCUUCGCAUCAAGAAUGGGCCCCAUCGAGUAACCAAGCUUGCGCCAGGCAAUCGCAUAACUAUCGACCUCGACAACAAGUCCUCUGCACCCGAUACCACAGCUAGCAGACAUCACAAACGUCCACCUGCCAUCCACCUCCAUUCAGCAUCGCCGCCCCAAUCCCACUGCCUUCCAGCGCGGACUCAUAUCUUCAUCCAUAGGGGCCAGAGACGCAAGAUCAGGGGUUGACAGUGCUUCGUGAGAAACGGAUUUAGCAGCAGGCAGGGCAGAUGCCGCAGCCGGGCCAAGGCGCGGAGGUCAGCCGCAGUGCUUCUAUGGCGGCGCGUUUCCGCAUGCUCCAAAAAGGAGACGUCCGGGGACUUUCUCCCAAAGCUGUGUUUGGAGAGAUGCUGCAGAGCAGAAUCUCCGUUUGUAAGCUUCGAAUGGCGAUUUGUUGAGCAAAGGGGGAUAGAGAGAAGAAGAAGAAAGAGAAAAAUCUCGGUAGCUGCGCGAAGCUAUGAAUUUUUUUCUAGUAAUUUUUAGUGGAGCCCCCGUAGUGGGAUCUAUGCGUCAAUGCGCAGUUAUGCA